GUUGGCAAAUGACCCGCAUCUCCAGCAUCCGUCAACAUCGCGUCUUCACACAGAACUGCCCCUAGCGUUUGCCACAAUACCAGCUCAAAAUACUAUACCAGCGAAGACGACGACAUGCGUGGAGGAGAAUACCUGAAGCUGGCGUGUAUUCCCUGUGGUCGAGAGUGAAUCCUUUUUAAAUUGGAUUUUUGUGUGUCCUUAAGGUCGUGCUGCAGCACGGCAACAGAAGCUUUGCGAUAACCGGCGCGCGCGUCUCGGCAGCGGAAGAGGACACUGGCAUAUUUCCAUUGACAGUAUCACUAAAGAACCGCUGCUUGGGAUGGACUUCACCAGCACCGCCAUGCAGAUAUUAGCCAUGUGAAAGAUCCGGCCAAUCAAAAUGGGGAUGGCUGAGAGGUUGUGUGUGGCGGUGAGCAGCUGAGGUUGGCUGUGAUCUGGGUCUUCUCUUCUGACUGAGAGCAUGUACAGGAGGAAUGGACUCCCUGCCAGCGUCAGCAUCACCUCUCGCAACACACUGGACAGCAGUAGUUCAGAGUCCCUGGAUGGACGUAGCUUGGACUCUGCAAAGAGCUUUGACGCGGUGGUGUUUGACAUGCUCAAAGUGACACCUGAGGAGUUUGCUAGUCAGAUCACUUUGAUGGAUGCUCCUGUGUUCAAAGCGAUCCAGCCUGAGGAGUUGGCGAGCUGUGGAUGGAACAAGAAGGAGAAGCACAGCCUUUCACCCAAUGUUGUGGCCUUCACAAGGAGGUUCAACCAGGUCAGUUUCUGGGCAGUGAGGGAGAUAUUGACAGCUCAGACCCUGAAAAUACGAGCUGAGAUAUUGGGUCACUUCAUAAAAAUUGCCAAGAAACUGCUGGAGCUGAAUAACCUGCACUCCUUGGUGUCAGUAGUUUCAGCCCUUCAAAGUGCGCCCAUCUUCAGACUCAGCAAAACCUGGGCGCUGAUCAGUCGAAAGGACAAGGCCACCUUUGAGAAGCUUGACUUUCUGACGUCAAAGGAAGAGAAUUACAACCGCAUGAGAGAGUACAUCCGCUCCCUCAAAAUGGCCCCCUGCAUCCCCUACCUUGGAAUUUACCUGUUUGAUAUGACCUACAUUGACUCCGCCUACCCUGCUUCUGACAGCAUCAUCGAGACGGAGCAAAGAACCAAUCAGAUGAACAAUCUACUCCGCAUCAUUUCCGAUCUACAGGUGUCCUGUAAAUAUGAUCAUUUAAUCACAUUACCACACGUGCAGAAGUAUCUGAUGUCUGUGCGCUACAUCGAGGAGCUUCAGAAGUUUGUGGAGGAUGACAACUACUCGCUGUCAUUGAAGAUUGAACCUGGGAACAGCUCACCUCGUCUGGUAUCCUCCAAAGAAGAUCUCGGAGGUCCCUCAGAAGUGUCUGUGUCAGUGAGAUAUAACAGGAGGCCAACCUGUCCAGAUACAUCAGUGGUUGCCCACCUCCCAACACCACCUCCUGCUCGACACAGGAAGAGCCACAGUCUGGGAAAUAAUAUGAUGUGUCAAUUUGGUGUUGUGGAGAGUAAAAGUGCAACAUUUCCUGAGAAGGAAAAGGCUCGACACCUACUGGAUGACAGCUUCUUAGAGUCUCACAGUCCUGUCAGAAACCACACACAUGAUUCAGUAUUCACCAACGGCAUAUCACUGGGCAGCAGAGAGAGCUCUUUUAGUGAUGAAUUAUCGAGUACUGUUGAGAGAGGCCGAAUGUAUGCAACACUUGGCCCAAAUUGGCGUGUUCCAAUAUGUAACUCUCCUAGAAGUAGAAGCUACAUUUAUAGCACCCCUGGGGCAGUAUCCAGCUAUGAAUGCAGUACUCUCAGCAGUAUAACCAUUGAAGGGCCCCUGCGGAGAAAGACACUGAUGAAGGAGGGUAAAAAACCCACUCUUUCAUCCUGGAAGCGCUAUUGGAUUGUCCUGUCUGGCUCCAUUCUCAUCUAUUUUGGUUCUAAAGCUCUAAGAGCAAAUGAACGGAGACAUUAUAAAUCUAGGCCGUGUAAAAAGAUAACGCUCACAGGCUGGAUGGUGGUGCUGCCAGACAACCCUGAACAUCCAAACAUUUUCCAGCUCACUGAUCCUGAUAGAGGUAAUGUUUACAAGUUCCAGACUGGGUCACGUUUCUCUGCGAUUAUCUGGCACAGACACCUUGCCGAGGCUUGCAGGAGUACGAGGCCGCAGAUGCCAGCAAACCUCAUGUCCUUUGAAUAAAUGUUUUUUUGGGAAGUGGGACAUAAAUAAAAGGAACAAACCUACUGAAGAAAGACAUUGCAGAAGAGCUUGUGAGAAGAGAAGGACAUGUUAAAACUGAAGGACCUGACGUAGUUGGAAAUGUGGCAGCUGUAUCUGUUGAAAAAGUCCAAUUCAUUCAGACCUUGUAGACACGAGUGAACUGAUAAAAGUGUCUUGAGUUCAGUGGUAACACUUUACAGUAAGGUUUCAUUUGUUGACAUUAGUUAAUGCAGUAUGUAACAGGAACUAGCAAAUACAAUAAUGGUAUAGCAUUCAUUAUUUCUAGGUUAAUGUUUAUGUUUAAAUAAGAUGAAAUUCCCUACUAAAUUAUGUUAAUUCAUAAUCCAUUAAUCAAAUACAGCUUUAAUUUUAACUUAAAGGGACAGUUCAAGAUUUAGGGCAGCUUCCUUUCCUUUAGAAGAUUAUUAAAGAGGAUUUUUACUGUAGCCAAUACUGUGUUUCUUGGUGGAACAUAAAAGCAAGUCUGUAUCUACUGGCACUUUGAGAGUAAAAAACAUAAAAGACUAAACAAAAUUAAUACUCAUAUCUCCUGUUGAUACAUUAAGAUCUUACCGUAUGUAGUGAAAUAACCGGUCUGUACAAGAAAAUAAACAUUAUUUACAGCGUUCAUGAAAGUCUGGUAUGCAAGAUUCCUGCCAUUUAAUAAUGUUGAGGUGAGUGUAGAGGCAGGCAAUUAAAUGAUGGCGAAAGACAAGAGAAGAUUAUUUUGGAACAUAAAGUUGCAGUUUUGUUCUUUGUACUGCAGUUGUCUGUCUGAGGAUACUGCUUUACGUUGUGUGUUUUUAUCUUUGCCAGUUCCUGCACCCUCUAUCCCUUUAAGUAUGAAGUUUGUACAGGAUAACCUUGUUCUCACAUGUAAGCUGAUGCGGUUUGUAUUAAACUUUUAGAGAUAUUUCACCUGAAAGUGAAAAUUAUUUAUUCACCCUUUACUUGUUCCAAACAUUUAUGAGUUUCUUUCUUUUGUUGAACACUAAAGAUGAUAUUCUGAAGAAAGUUGGAAACAUGCAACCAUUGAUUACUCUAAUAUUUUAUCUAUUAUAGAAGUUUAUCUACUAUAGAAGUCAAUGGUUACAGGUUUCCAACAUUCUACAAAAUAACUUGUUUUGUAUUCGAUCAAAUAAAGAAACUCGUAAAGGUUUGGAACCACUUGAAGGUGAGUAAACAGUGAGUAAGUAUUAAUUUUUUGGUCAGCUAUCCUGUUAAGUUGCAUUAGCCAUUGCUUUAAUUUAUGAACUGCCAAGGAACACAGUUUUAGGUAGAAACAGUCUUUAAAAUAUUUUAAAAUCUUCUAAAGGCAGACAUCACCUACAUCUUAAAUAAACCAAAAUUAGAUAUAUUUGACACUUCGAACUGUGAACUAUUCCCUUAAAAUAAUAAAUUGCAACUGUAUACUUAAUGCAUUAAUUAUGAUAAAAGCCCUUUCACACUGAGUGGGAUGCGAUAAAUUGAAGCGAAUUGGCAACAAAUUGUUCUUUCACAUUGAACACUAAACAACUGAUCAAAUUCAUGCCUGCACACUUUGUGGUGCAACCCAGCUGAUGGACCUUUGGAUUCUGAUCACAGAAAAGAAGAAACAUUUAAAUGUUGGAACACAAAUUGAAAUAUAUUAGUUGGCGGGUAGCUGCAUCAGUAACACAAACCAGUAUGUUCAUCACAAAUUACAGUACCAUCAAUUCUGCAAUUUUUAUUCAGAGAACUUUUUGAAGUCACUGUGAUUUUUCCAGGAAAGAUACAAACAACAAUGAUAACAAACACAUUUAGCAUUAUUCUUUUCCAUAACACUUUCUUUGGCACUUAGACUGGUUUCCACUAGUCUUAGGGGUCUAAAAACACAGCACCCAUUGUAGAGCACAAGGGUCUCCAAACACAGCCACUGAACACCUGUAAACAGAAACUUGCAAUACUUUCCCCACCUACAAGUUCUUUCAAUUGGUUGACUGCUUUUUAACUGGGCACUGCUUUUUUAAAAGUUAUCUUCACACGGUAUUUGAAAAAUGCUUAUGUGCACGGCGCUACCAAAGAAAAGAGAACAAUAGACAUGCUUGUCCAUCAAGCAUGUGUUUACAUGGAACAACAUUAGAAAAGUAUCACACUGAAAUAGAAAAAAAUGCAUUCUGUGUGAAUGAAAUCUUACACUUUUGAACAACAGCAGCUGCCCUAUUCGGAGGAAAUCUGACACACUGAUUAAAGAAAGAAAUUAUUAAAUUAAUUUAAUAGCUUUGCGGCUUUGUGAUUCAUUGUGGCCUGUGUGAACCGCUCCAUAGGCAUUUAUUGUUUUUAUGUAAUAUUGUCAUCAUGUUGCCAUUUAACUUCACUCAGUGUGAAAGGGCUUUGAGAAAUGUAAACCUUAUUGUUAGUUUUAUCAGCCAAACCUGCGGUACAUGUGAAAUAUUUUGUAAAUGAGGUGUAAAAAAAAAUAAUAUUGUCUAAUAGUUGUAUUCAUGUUAUUCAAGUGCCAAAAUGAUGACCUUUGUAUUGUUAAAUCUUAUGUUAAAUGUUAGAGAGCAAAGUGAAAGAAGUCUGGAAAAGUAGCGCGGACUCAUAACCUGCCUCCUACAUCACUUUAUAAGAAGUAAAAAAAUAGGUGUACUGUAGUAUGGAGGCAUCUUAUUAGAAAAAAAAAUCAUCUUGAAAUGUGGCAGUGAAACUGGCAGUGCAAUAUAUAAAAUAGCAAUGUAUUUCUGUAUUUAGAUGCACUGUAAACCCCAACAGUCAACUUUAUCAAGUGAAAUUAGUGUAGUUAACUCAUAAUUUACUGAAAGGUAAUUCUACUCAUUUGAAAAGAGUUUUGAACUCAGUGUUGAAGGUAAUGAGUUAAUUAAAUACCUCAUUACUUCAACUUAAAUGGAGUAAGUUCACAGUACUCAUAUAGAUUAGUUUUUUUUUAACUCAAAUUGUAGCAAUCGGUUUCCUCAAACGGUUUGAGUUGUCUUAACUUAUUGGAUUUUACAGUGCUCAGUUGGUUUGAGUUCUCUUCAUUUAUCAGGUUUUACUAUGCUCAAAUUACUUCAUUUACUCAAAUUAAUUAAGUUCACAGUACUCACUUGGAUUAGUUUUUGAACUUAAAUGGUUUGUUGCAAUCGGUUUCCUCAAAUGGUUUGAGUUACCUUAACUUUUCGGGGUUUUACAGUGUGCAUUUCUAUUUCUAGAUUUAGAUUUACAUGCAUGUUACACACAUCAAUUCAAUUUGAGUUAUAUAUUUUUCAUUUAAUUUUGCAACUUGUAAAGCAUUAAGCUUAGUAUUUAAUUUUUAAAAUUGGUCUGCAACGGCAAAUGUAAAUUAUUUAUAUAAUUACAUUUUCAUUUUGCACCAAACUUUGCACAUAUGUCAGAAACAGAAAUACAUUGCCGGCGGUUCUUUCCGCUGUGGCGACCUCUGAAAUAGAGACUAAUCUGAAGGAAAUGAAUGAAAAAUACAUUGCCAUUUAACAUAUUACAUUGCAGUUUUGCACAUUACAUUUCAAAACGAUUGAAUAAUCUGAUUUCACAGUGUAGAUACAUCACAGUUGUUUACUUCUUGUAUUUAAAGAUGACUAUGAGAUCAAUAAGAGACAGCGAACAAUAAACUGACAUUCUUUAUAUGAAGGGAAUGGCACAUUAACAUAAUAAAUAAAGGUGUUUAAAUGUGGAUCACUAACCGUGUAAUAUCACAAGGAUGUUUAUCUCAAACUUGGCAUAGUUCAGUUCAAGGUUAACUGUGGAUUAAAUAUGAGUGAUAUUUUGACAUGAAGUGGGCAGGACCCAAAAGGUAUGUACUGUAAAUGUGGAUGCUGUUUAGGUUUUAUAAUGAUAUUGUUGUAAAAUGGACAUUUAAAUGAAGCCCCAGAAGCAUGUGAAGGGAAAGAGAUGGUCUGAAUAAUGGAUGAUGUAUUCUUGGAAAUACCACAAUGAUGUUUUAGUGCUCAUCAGUAUUCACAUUAUCUAAUAUUUCAGUGUAUUAUUAUUUUUAUUUAUCUUUUUUUUAAUGGUGUACAUCAAAAGGCUUGUAUAUAUUGUAAAGUACAUUGCAAAGUGUAGUAUUUUUCAGUCACAAUUUUUUUAUAAAAAGCAGGAUUGAGACUUAUUAGGAAAUAGGGCACUUAAAGUUUAAUGUGUAAUGCCUUGUAUAUUGCAAAGUGGAGAUUCUAAUUUGUUAAAUCCUCUACAAAAUGGCAUGGAUCUUUGGACUAACUCACAGGUGACUUGUGAGUCAGUUCAGUAACAACAUACAAACUUAUUGAGAACUACAGUAUGGGAAGAAUUUCAGAAACAAAGCCGUGAAAAGAUAAUCAUGCUUUAAUUAUUAACAUAGUCCUAUUGGUUAUGAAACAAACAAAACAAGGGGCACAGUUUUUGAUUGUUUUGUGUCACGUAAGCAACCAUUUUAGGAGUUAUAUUGGAUAGCACAUUUCCACUGAUGUCCUCAAGUAUUAUGUGGUUGCUACUUCCUUUGUUAUGGUUACCGGUUCUAGUGAAAGCUCACUUGCAUUUCUGUAUAUUUAUGUCUUCUGCUAAUGAAGGAGUUUGGUUGUUUUAAUGCUAUAUUCAGUUCUCACAAUGUGAUGUCACUGACUCUUUAUAUGGUCUAUAAUCUGAAGAUAGAUGACCUUUUACUAACUCAGUACUUUUUGUGUUUGGUGUGUUGUCUUUGUGGAAA